AUGUCCAGCCACAAACCCGCCAAAAAGAGCCAUAGAGACGCUACCUCAGUGGCAGACAUGCUUACAUCUCAGAGGCCUUCAGCAGGUGGCACGCCUGCAGAAGCCAGCCCCAGUGACAUGGAUCUCAUGGGCCCAGCCCCCACCAUGGGUGCUUCCUCGGAGCCAUCCUCCAGUGCCAUACUUCACUUUCUGGCAGAGGUGAAGGGAUACCUGGAGUCAGAAAUCAUGUGCACGGCGGCGGAGGUGAAAACCGAGAUAACUGCCAUUGGAGCACGCAUCACGGAGGUGGAACACCGCGUGGCCCGGAUGGUUUCGGCCCAAAACAGUAAUGCGACACUCACCAACACCCUGCAGCACAGAAUCACUGACCUUGAGAUAGAAUUGGAAGAUGUUUCCAACAGGUCAAGAUGCAACAAUCUGCGCAUGCGCGGCCUACCUGAAUCGGUGGAGGAGGCUGACGUGGAAUCCACUCUUGUACAAUGCUUUCGCAAAAGCCUGCCAGACAUACUUGAACACGUAUGGCUUGUAGAUAGAGCCCACAGAGCCCCUAGGGCCAGAGGCCUGAAAAACAGCUAA